CGUGACGCCGAACGCCGAGCCUACCAAUGGUGCCGGGAGUACCUGGGCGGGGCCUGGCGCCGAGUGCGGCCAGAGGAGCUGAGGAUUUGCCCCGUGAGCGGAGGCCUCAGCAACCUGCUCUUCCGCUGCUCGCUUCCGAACCACCUGCCCAGCGUUGGUGAGGAGCCCCGGGAGGUGCUGUUACGUCUGUAUGGGGCCAUCCUGCAGGGCGUGGAGUCCUUGGUGCUUGAGAGCGUGAUGUUCGCCAUCCUUGCAGAGCGGUCGCUGGGGCCUCAGCUCUAUGGAGUCUUUCCAGAGGGCCGACUGGAACAGUACCUCCCAAGCCGGCCAUUGAAAACUCAAGAGCUUCGAGAGCCCGUGUUGUCAGCAGCCAUUGCCACGAAGAUGGCCCGGUUCCAUGGCAUGGAGAUGCCUUUCACAAAGGAGCCCCACUGGCUCUUUGGGACUAUGGAGCGAUACCUAAAGCAGAUCCAGGACCUGCCUUCUGCUACCCUCCUCCAGAUGAACCUGCUGGAGAUGUACAGCCUGAAGGAUGAGAUGGACAACCUCAGGAAGUUGCUAGAAUCUACCCCAUCGCCAGUGGUCUUCUGCCACAAUGACGUCCAGGAAGGGAACAUCUUGUUGCUCUCACAGCCAGAAAAUGCUGACAGCCUGAUGCUCGUUGAUUUCGAGUACAGUAGUUACAACUACAGAGGCUUUGACAUUGGGAACCAUUUUUGUGAGUGGGUUUAUGAUUAUACUCAUGAGGAAUGGCCUUUCUACAAAGCACAGCCCACAGACUACCCCACUCGGGAACAGCAGCUCCAUUUUAUUCGCCAUUACCUAGCAGAAGUAAAGAAAGGUGAGACUCUGCCCCAAGAGGAACAAAAAAAACUGGAAGAAGAUUUGCUGGUAGAGACCAAUCGGUAUGCUUUGGCAUCCCAUUUCUUCUGGGGUCUGUGGUCCAUCCUCCAGGCGUCUAUGUCCACCAUAGAAUUUGGUUACUUGGAAUAUGCCCAAUCUCGGUUCCAGUUCUACUUCCAGCAGAAGAGGCAGCUGACGAGCGUCCACUCUUCUUCCUGACUGUCCAACCCUCAGUCCUCGGAUUUCUCCUGGAGCCUCCAGGGCAGGACCUUGGAAGGGAGACUGGGCUGUCCCCCAGUGACACAGUGGCUGAGGAGACCGACCUUUCCCCCAGUUAGAGCAGGUCUCCGGGGCGGGCAGGCAGGCACACAGACAGGAGCCCCCCUGUAUACACCUAAAUAAAUGAGCUUGUUCCUUA